AACUAAGAAAGGCGUCGAUAGGCGGCAGCACCGAGUCACGUGAGAUAAUGGUGGAAGGUGGCAGUCGAGUAGGGUGCGCGAUCCGUCUGAAUUUCGCGAGAAAUUCAGUUUAUUGCUGAAUUAGUUAAGCUUCGUCAAAAUAUUUGACUCUCAGAAGUCGAGCGUCGUGCAGCGGUUCUAGCCAGCGAUAUUAAAAAUGACGGAAUACUGGCUAAUUUCGGCACCCGGUGACAAGACCUGCCAGCAAACAUGGGAGGCUAUGAACAACUUGACGUCCAAGCAGAACUCGCUCUCGUCAAACUUCAAGUUUCACAUACCCGACUUGAAGGUGGGCACCCUCGACCAGCUGGUCGGCCUUUCCGACGACCUUGGAAAGCUGGACGGUUUUGUGGAACAAGUUACACGCAAAGUUGCCACUUACUUGGGUGAAGUCCUGGAAGAUCAAAGAGACAAGCUUCAUGAAAACCUCAUGGCCAACAACAGUCAAGCCUCAAUGGAUGGGGAGAUUUCACCCCUCGGUGGGGAACCGGACACUCCGCCAAACACACCUGUGACCCCGUCACACAAGACUUCCAGGGAGCGCCGCGAACAAUGGCAGGAGACGGAAGAACCAGGGUUGACAGCUUCCCUAGGUCAGCAUCAUCGCCAACGUCAUCACCAUCAUCACAACCACGACCAAAACCACCACCACCACAAUCACCACCAACAUCACCAACAUCCUUCCAACUCAGAAAAGAGAUCAUCAUCCAGUUCCCAAGGCGCCUGCGAAGUUCGAACUCCGAAUGAUUCGUCGUCAAUAUAUUCGUGCUACCAAACGCAUUGGUGCGCAGCUUCCAACCCACCCACCCCAACCCCGAGCCCUACCCUUGGCAGCCCGUCUCCUUGUUUCUCGUCGGAGGAUGAAAACUACGACAUUAACGAUCCACAGAAGCCUGGGCGAUCUGGAAUUGUGAAAAAAAAACGUCACGCUUCGACGAAUCAACAAUCUGAUGACAACGAUGAUCAAGAACAAGACUGUAGCAGCGAUUUGCCCAGCCCAGGUGAUCUGCCAACAUACAUAACAAGAUUCCAAUGGGACAUGGCCAAGUAUCCAAUAAAGCAGUCUCUGCGUAACAUCGCCGACAUAAUCAGCAAACAAGUGGGGCAGAUUGAUGCGGAUCUUAAAACUAAAUCAACAACGUACAACAAUCUAAAAGGGAGUCUGCAAAAUCUCGAAAAGAAGCAGACCGGGAGCUUGUUGACUCGCAAUCUGGCUGAUUUGGUGAAAAAGGAACACUUUAUCCUCGACAGCGAGUAUCUCUCAACGCUGCUUGUAAUCGUACCCAAGACAAGCUUCCAGGAGUGGUAUGCUGUCUAUGAGAAAUUGACGGACAUGAUUGUACCACGUAGCACACAAUUGAUUAGUCAGGAUCAGGAGUAUGGACUAUUUACCGUAACUUUGUUCAAGAAAGUUAUCGAGGAGUUCAAGUUGCACGCUCGGGAAAAGAAGUUCAUUGUUCGUGAUUUUACUUACAAUGAAGAAGAGCUGGCUGCCGGUAAAAAUGAAAUUACCAAGCUGGUAACUGACAAGAAGAAGCAAUUUGGUCCUUUGGUUCGAUGGCUCAAAGUCAAUUUCAGCGAAUGUUUCUGUGCUUGGAUUCACGUUAAAGCUCUUCGCGUUUUCGUCGAAUCGGUCCUUAGGUACGGAUUGCCAGUUAAUUUUCAGGCCAUUCUACUGCAGCCGAAUAAGAAAAACAGUAAAAGGCUGCGGGAUGUAUUAAACCAGCUUUAUGCCCAUUUGGACUCCUCUGCCACGUCUGGCGGAAACGCACAAUCUUCGAAUCAGGAUAGUGUGGACAUACCAGGGUUGGGUUUUGGACAAAGUGACUACUACCCAUACGUCUACUACAAGAUCAAUGUAGAUAUGGUCGACAAUAAGGUGUAAGAAAUGAUUUACUAUCGAAUCCACCGUUCCGCAGCACACAUCCCUAUUUUUCGUACACACAUCCUGUUCUACGUCCGUUGCCCACAAGGUACGUUGGGCAACAGGUCCGUGUUGAUAGAAAACUGAACUUUGCCAUUUAUACCAGAAAAAUUAAGUAUCCUCUGUAUAUAUAUGUAUGUCAAACCGUUGCCAAGAUUGAUAAUGUUUGGUAGUUUUAUCAAUUGAAGUGUAAAUUUGACCCUGGAGAAUUCAUUGCGGAAAACCGCCAAGAUAUUAUCCGUGUCUUAUAAACUGCUUUCUGAGUAUCAGCAGACUUAGUUAAGUACUAGAAUAUCAUUUUGGCACUAGAUUUUUCGGUAUCAACGGUCACAAAGUUCGGCGUAAUAUGCGACGUGUCUCUAUUUGUAAAUACUGUGUGCAGACUAUUGAAAACAG